UUAGCUGUCGAGAAUCCACGUAAAUACCAAAGCAAAGGGAAGCAAAGUCCAACAAAGCUUAGCUCUAAAUUGUUCAAUUUUUCAAUUCAACCAAAAGCAAAAAGUGUAGACACCAGACCCACCCCAGAAUCCAAGCACAUCCAUUUCUUUCCAAUUCUGGCACAUAAAUAUAAAAAUAAAAAAUCAUUCGAACACAAACAAAUCAGGCCGUAAUAAUACAGUACACAAACGAUCGUAUACCACCGCUUCCUCGAGUUUCUAGAGAGAGAAAAAAAAGAAGAGAGAGAGAGAGAGAGAGAGAGAGGAAAUCGUUAUUUAUCCAAUUUUCGCCGACAAAGAUGCCGACAAUCCAAUCCGACGUUCGCUGUGUAUUUCUUCUCGCGUCUUCGUCGUCCGCCAUUCGGUCUCUGAGCACAAACUCCAUGUUUUCACGCGCCGCCGCGGUGCGCCGUGUUCUGUCGCCGUCGUUUAGGCUGAGAGCUUUCUCCACCGACGCCGUCAAGAUUCCGGAGAAGCCGUCGGUUUGCACCGCCGACGAGCUCCAUUACGUCUCCGUCCCCAACUCCGAUUGGAAGCUCGCUCUCUGGCGCUACCACCCUCCGCCCAAGGCGCCACAGAGGAAUCACCCGCUGUUGCUGUUGUCCGGAGUUGGGACUAAUGCCAUUGGAUAUGAUCUUUCUCCAGAGUGUUCAUUUGCACGUUACAUGUCUGGACAAGGAUUUGACACAUGGAUACUGGAAGUUCGAGGUGCUGGCUUGAGUGUACAUGGAUCAAACACCAAAGAAAUCAAGCAGUCCACCCAUGCAAAAUCUGAGCAGAUGGAGGCUGUUUCGGAGACUGCAACUAAGAGAGCUUUUACCAAAGAAAUUAAGCAGUCUGCUUAUGCAAAAUCUGAGCAGAUGGAAGCUGUUUCGGAGACUGUGACUAAGGGAGCUUUCUCUUCGAAACAUCAGUCAAAUAAUGUUUUCAAUGGUUGGGCUUCUGAGAAUUAUACUGUCGAAGGAGAAGACACUGAUAUUUUGAUUUCUGAAGAAGACAUAAAAACUUUGGCGACAGUAUGGGAUGAAUCAAAACUGGUUAAUAGGGUGACAGAGACUUUUAUGCGUUUGUCAGAAAGACUCUCUGGCUUUCUUAGUGAUGGGCAAUCCAAGAUCAUGUCUGCUAAGUUCUUUGAUCAAAUUUCAAAACUUUUGGUAGAUUCUCAACUAUCUGAGCGAUUUAAUGAGGUAAGGGAAAAAAUUUUAAACUUGCUGGAAGCAAGGCAAAACUCUGGUAUUGCUGGCCAAAUCAAUGAACUGAGUCAAAGGCUUGUAAAUAUCAUUGAAGAGGGUCAGCGAUCUGUCUCACCUCCACUAUUUGAUUUGCAAGAGCGUUUUUCUUCAACUCUGGAAGAUUUUCAGAAACAACUUGACUUGAUAGUGAAGUAUGACUGGGACUUCGACAAUUACCUUGAACAGGACGUUCCUGCUGUGAUCGAAUAUAUAAGGGCUGAAAGUAACCCAAAGGAUGGUAAAUUGCUUGCAAUUGGACACUCUAUGGGCGGCAUCUUACUCUGUGCAUUGUUAUCACGAUGUGGUUUUGAAGGCAGGGAUCCCAGAUUGGCAGCUGUUGUUACUCUGGCAUCAUCUCUUGACUACACAUCUUCGAAAUCAAUGCUCAAGCUACUCUUGCCCCUUGCUGAUCCUGCGCAGGCUCUCAGUGUCCCUGUUGUUCCUUUAGGGGCAAUGUUGGCUGCUGCUUAUCCUCUUUCAUCCCGCCCUCCUUAUGUCUUGGCAUGGCUUAAUCAUCUGAUUUCAGCAGAAAACAUGAUGAAUCCAGAACUAUUAAAGAAGCUUGUCUUAAACAAUUUUUGUACAAUACCAGCAAAGCUUAUUCUGCAGCUAACAACAGCAUUUAAAGAGGGUGGACUAUGCAACAGGGAUUGUACAUUCUUUUACAGAGAUCAUCUCAAUAAAACCAAUGUCCCUGUGCUGGCAAUAGCGGGAGACCUCGAUCUAAUAUGCCCACCUGAAGCUGUAGAGGAAACUGUGAAGUUGAUUCCUGAGCACCUUGUUACCUAUAAAGUAUUUGGAAAACCCGGUGGGCCACACUAUGCUCAUUAUGAUUUGGUGGGAGGACGAUUGGCAGUGGAGCAGGUUUAUCCCUGUAUAGUCGAAUUUCUUAGUCGCCAUGACUCAACCUAAUUCAUUGAUUCGCAAGACAAAACUUCAUUGCCUACAGAUCGUGACCACAGCAAACUUGAUUUCUUAACUGGUACAUAGCCCUCUGGACCCUUUAAAAAAAACGGCUGGCCAUUCUAAAAUGCUGAGCCGAAACUAAAAUGUCAGAAAAUUUUGCAUAUCAGAGUAAAUCAGUGUUGAGGAAAUAUGGAUACAGAGGGUAAUGUCAGACAGACAAGGAAAGGAUGACGCAAUUUUUUUUUGUGAUGUUAUUGAAAGGGGUCAUUUGUUACUUUCAAAAGUUAAUGGCUUCAUAGUUUGAACCUUUCCAAUUUGAGGCAUCUCAGUUUGGAUCAAUUUAAUAGGUAGCAUUUGAUUAAAAAAUGACCUAGUGCUUAUUACCAAGAUGGCUGAAAUGUCGUUCUAUGGAAUUGUUAGCGCAAAUUUAUGUUCUUUAUCCCAAAAUUGGGACGGGGAGUGUUGCUUCUAUUUCUGCUUGUCAAUCGCCUGAAGUUCUAAUUUGAAGUUCUAAUUUGAAGUUCUAAUUUUAGCCUAGUAUGUUUAAUGCAUUACGAGAACGCUUAUGCCUUUUUGGGUUAUCAUGUUGCUAGUUGGAAAGAACAGA